CGCCCGUUCCGCUGCGCGGUGCCAUGUGGGCCGUCGGGCUGGCCGGCUCCUCUCCAAGAUGGCGGCGGCGGCUGGCGUGUCGGCGGCGCGGAGCCUGGCGCGUUCCCGGGGGGGCCUCCUGCUGCCCCCGCUGCCCGGGGGGCCCCGCCCGCGGGCCAAUAUGGCAUCUCUGACUGGUCUCUCCCGAGGCAGGAAAGUGGCCCUGACCACGCUGGGGGUGUUGACGGCCGGCGGAGCAGGCCUGGCCUUGGCCCUUCACACUGCCGUGAGUGCUGGUGAGCUGGAGCUGCAUCCGCCCAAGUACCCUUGGAGCCACCGAGGCAUGCUGUCUUCCCUGGAUCACAGCAGCGUCCGGCGUGGCUACCAGGUGUACAAGGAGGUGUGUUCAGCUUGCCACAGCAUGGAGUAUGUAGCCUUCCGCAAUCUUGUUGGUGUCACCCACACCGAAGCUGAAGCCAAGGCCCUGGCUGAGGAGUAUCAGAUGCAGGACGGACCCAACGAGAACGGGGAGAUGUUUAUGCGGCCUGGCAAGCUCUCAGAUUACUUCCCCCAGCCCUACCCAAAUCCUGAAGCAGCACGAGCAGCAAACAGUGGAGCCCUGCCCCCUGACCUCAGCAACGUCGUCAACGCCAGGCAUGGAGGUGAGGACUAUGUGUUUUCCCUCCUUACUGGCUACUGUGAUCCACCUGCUGGUGUGCCCGAGCGCGAGGGGCUUCAUUUCAACCCCUUCUUCCCUGGGCAGGCGAUUGCCAUGGCGCCCCCAAUCUACGACGAGAUCUUGGAGUUUGAGGAUGGCACCCCUGCCAGCAUGUCACAGGUUGCCAAGGACAUCUGCACCUUCCUGCGAUGGACUGCAGAGCAGGAACAUGACCACCGCAAGAGGAUGGGCCUGAAGAUGUUGCUCAUUGGGGGCCUGUUGCUGCCCCUCACCUACUACUUGAAACGGCACAAGUGGUCAGUCCUAAAGAGCAGGAAGAUUGCCUACCGGCCUCCCAAGUGACCUGUGCAGGUGAGGCGGACCUCUCUCAGAUGCCUGAGCUGUGCUGUCUCCUCUGCUGCCCUAGGAAUGUAUGUGGAGACUGGCAGGUGGACAGCCGCUCCGCACCAUGUAUUUGCUGUUAUUUAAUGUCUCCAUCCAUCCAGUCACCCACAAAGCCUUGGGAAGAGGACCCUGGGGUGGCAAGCACCCAAUAAACACAUUUCUUCAACCGGAAAGAA